UCCAUAUUUCGUUAGCCCCCGAAAAAUAUAUUUUAUCUCCCCUCGUCUUUCACUCUCGCCGCCCCCCCCCCCCCCUCCGAUCCAAACUCCCGACGAACGCUGCCGUCCGAAUUCGAAACCCUAGGCGGCCGCAUCGGUUCGGGAGUGGCGGCCGCUGUUGAACGCGUGAGGUUGUAUCGUCCCGUCGUUCGGCGGAGCCGGCCCGCGGCGGCGGCCGGUCAUGUCGACGGAGGACGAGAAGCUCCUCAAGGAGGCGAAGAAGCUGCCUUGGGACGAGCGGCUGCAGCAUAAGAACUGGAAGGUGCGGAACGACGCCAACAUCGACCUCGCCGCCCUCUGUGACUCCAUCACCGACCCCAAGGACGCCCGCCUCCGCGAGUUCGGGCCGUUGUUUAAGAAGACGGUUGCGGACUCGAAUGCGCCGGUGCAGGAGAAAGCAUUGGAUGCCCUGCUCGCGUUCCAGCGAGCGGCUGAUGCCGACGCGUCCAGAUAUGCGAAGGAGGUUUGUGAUGCAAUCGUGGCCAAGUGCCUCACUGGCAGACCAAAGACUGUUGAGAAGGCUCAAGCUGCAUUCCUCUUGUGGCUGGAGCUGGAAGCGGCUGAGGUCUUCCUUGAAGCUAUGGAGAAGGCAGUGAAGAACAAAGUGGCUAAAGCAGUUGUACCUGCUAUUGAUGUGAUGUUUCAAGCCCUUAGUGAAUUCGGAGCUAAGGUAGUGCCACCUAAAAAAAUUCUGAAGAUGCUUCCUGAGUUGUUUGAUCAUCCAGACCAGAAUGUCAGGGCUUCUUCUAAGGGUUUGACACUUGAGCUUUGUCGGUGGAUUGGAAAAGAGCCUGUAAAGGCAAUUUUAUUUGAGAAGAUGAGAGAUACAAUGAAAAAAGAGUUGGAAGCUGAGUUAGCAAAUGUCUCGGGAAUGGCUAAGCCAACUCGCAAGAUAAGAUCCGAACAAGAAAAGGAGCUUGAGGAGGAAGCUGUGCCAGAGACAACAGUUGCUAGCACAUCUGAGGAGGCAGCAGUAGAUGCCCCUAUGGAGAUCGAUGAAUAUGACCUGGUUGAUCCUGUAGACGUUUUAACUCCACUAGAAAAGUCUGGAUUUUGGGAUGGUGUGAAAGCAAGUAAAUGGUCUGAAAGAAGGGAUGCUGUGGCGGAGCUGACUAAGCUUGCUUCAACAAAAAAAAUUGCUCCCGGUGAUUUUCAUGAAGUUUCUCGGACGCUUAAGAAGCUUGUAACAGAUGUCAAUUUGGCCGUUUCGGUGGAAGCUACACAAGCAAUAGGGAAUCUAGCUAGUGGUUUAAGAACCCAUUUUUCUGGAAAUUCACGGAUGCUUCUUCCUGUUUUACUUGACAAACUAAAAGAAAAAAAGCCGACUAUGACAGAAGCACUGUCUCAAACGCUUCAAGCGAUGCAUAAGUCUGGCUGUUUUACACUUAUUGAUGUGAUCGAAGAUGUUCGGGUGGCUGUAAAAAACAAAGUACCCCUUAUUCGAUCCUUAACAUUAAACUGGGUCACAUUUUGUAUUGAAACAAGCAAUAAGGCAACUGUUCUUAAGUUGCACAAGGAUUAUGUUCCUAUCUGCAUGGAGUGCUUGAAUGAUGGCACCCCGGAAGUACGAGAUGCUUCAUUUGCUGCUUUGACUGCAAUAGCUAAGAUGGUUGGCAUGAAACCCUUGGAACGAUCCCUGGAGAAAUUAGAUGAUGUGAGGAAAAAGAAACUGUCAGAUAUGAUUGGUUCUGCCAAUGAUCCUGUUUUGAGUUCAGCGACAGUACCAGCCUCAAAUCCAGGAACUGCCUCAUCUGCUCGUGGGGUUACAGAUAACCUGUCGAUGAAAAGAUCUGCUGCAAGCAUGCUUAGUGGAAAGAGGCCUGUACAGGCGAUGGCUGCUACUAAGAAAUCUGGACCAGCAAAAUCCACUGCUGCAAAAAAGAUAGUCGGUGGUGCACAGUCAAAGGCUUCUGCUGCUCCUGUGAUUGAAGAUGUUGAGCCAGGGGAGAUGAGCUUGGAAGAAAUAGAACAGAGGCUAAGUUCUAUUGUGAAAGCCGAGACUAUUUCACAAUUAAAGAGUGCUGUCUGGAAAGAGCGACUUGAAGCUAUUGGCAUGCUCAAGCAGGAGGUGGAAAGUCUUACAGAACUUGAUAAGUCUGCUGAACUUCUGAUUCGUUUGUUAUGUGCUGUGCCUGGAUGGAGUGAAAAGAAUGUGCAGGUACAACAGCAAGUUAUAGAGGUCAUCACCUACAUUGCUUCAACUGUAAACAAAUUUCCAAAGCGAUGUGUGGUUCUAUGCCUUCUCGGCAUAAGUGAAAGGGUUGCUGAUAUCAAAACUCGAGCACAUGCAGUGAAAUGUCUCACUGCCUUUUGUGAGUCAGUAGGUCCGGGAUUUGUGUUUGACAGGCUAUACAAAAUAAUGAAGGAGCACAAGAAUCCAAAGGUCCUUAGUGAGGGUAUUAUCUGGAUGGUCUCUGCCGUGGAGGACUUUGGGAUCUCCAAUUUAAAGCUAAAGGACAUGAUUGAUUUUUGCAAAGAUAUCGGUCUGCAAUCUAGUGCUGCUGCAACAAGAAAUGCAACUAUAAAACUAAUUGGGAUGCUGCAUAAGUUCGUGGGACCAGAUAUCAAAGGUUUCUUAAGUGAUGUGAAACCAGCACUUCUCAGUGCUCUGGAUGCUGAAUAUGAAAAGAAUCCAUUUGAGGGUGCUGCUGCUGCUCCGAAGAGAACCGUAAGAACUUUGGAUACUGCAUCUACUUUAUCUGCUGGCUCGUCUGAUGGGCUGCCUCGUGAAGACAUUAGUGCUAAGAUAACACCUACUUUACUAAAAAAUUUGGGGAGCCCAGACUGGAAGGUACGCCUGGAGUCCAUAGAUUCAGUUAACAAAAUUGUAGAAGAGGCCCAUAAACGUAUUCAGCCUACAGGAACAGUUGACCUGUUCACCGCGCUCAGAGGCCGUCUUUAUGACAGCAACAAAAAUUUAGUGAUGGCAACCCUGUCAACUAUUGGUUGUCUUGCAUCUGCUAUGGGCCCUUCUGUUGAAAAAUCAAGCAAGGGUAUUUUAGCAGAUGCGCUGAAGUGUCUUGGUGACAAUAAGAAGCACAUGCGAGAAUGCACGCUAACUGCUCUAGAUUUAUGGGUUGCUGCUGCUCAACUUGAUAAGAUGGUUCCGUAUAUUAUAGUGACUCUGGGUGAUCAGAAAACUGGUUCAGAAGGACGAAAAGAUCUUUUCGAUUGGUUGUCUAAACAUGUUUCAAAAAUGAGUGAUCCAUCUGAAGUUUUGCCUUUAUUGAAGCCCUCUGCAUCUUCUUUGAUGGAUAAAUCUUCUGAAGUCCGCAAAGCAGCUGAGUCCUUUAUGAAUGAAAUUCUCAAGAUUUGUGGCCAAGAAGUGGUUGCAAAGAACUUGAAAGAUUUGCCAUCACCUACUAUGGCCAUUGUAGCAGAGCGGUUGAAACUGACCACUGUACAUGAAGGAUUUACUGAUUCUAUUAAGAUGGUGACUGCAAGCAUGAGCUUGCCAUCAAAAGCAGGUUCGAGGAACAGCAAACAUGGUCCAAAUGAUCGUGUGUCUAAUGUUGGCAAAGCAGCAUCUCAAAGAGGACUUCCAACAAGGGCAUCUGUUUCUAUGAUUUCUACUCAAGACUCUGUACAAUCCCAGGCACUAUUUAACAUAAAGGACUCAAACAAGGAAGAGAGGGAGAGACGUGUUUUGGUAAGGAAAUUCAAGUUUGAAGAACCACGCCGGGAGCAGAUUGACGAACUUAAGAUUGAUUUGUUUAAACAUUUCCGAGAAGAUGUAAGCUUGCGAUUAUGGAAUUCAGAUUUUAAGAGGCAAAUAGAUGGUAUCGAAUUGCUACAGAAGGCGCUGCCUUCCAGUGGGAAAGAAGUGAUCGAGCUUCUUGACAUACUAUUAAGGUGGUUUGUCUUGCGCUUUUGUGAAUCUAACACAACAUGCUUGUUGAAGGUGCUUGACUUUCUUCCAGAGCUCUUUGAUUUUCUAAAAGAUCAGUCUUACAUGUUAACGGAAGCUGAAGCUGCAAUUUUUCUUCCCUGCCUUGUGGAGAAGUCUGGUCAUAAUAUUGAAAAGGUCAGGGAAAAAAUGGGGGAGCUUAUAAUGCAAAUGGUCAACAUCUAUUCUCUUCCCAAACUACUGCCCUAUGUUUUGGAGGGACUCCGCUCCAAGAAUAACCGGACAAGGAUAGAGUGUGUGGAUAUUAUUGGUUACUUCAUUGACCAUAAUGGGACUGAGGUUAGUGGUUUGAUGAAAAACUUGCCAUCUGUUGCGGCAUUGACAGCAGAGCGUGAUGGUGAGAUCCGAAAAGCUGCUCUUAAUACACUUGCUACUGCCUACAAGAACCUUGGAGAUGAUGUAUGGCGAUAUGUUGGAAAACUUUCUGAUGCUCAAAGAAGCAUGCUCGAUGAUAGGUUUAAAUGGAAGGCUCGGGAAAUGGACAAGAGGAGAGAAGGAAGGCCUGGUGACGCUCGCGCAGCUUUGAGGCGUUCAGUGAGGGAGAAUGGAUCCGAUGUAGCAGAACAAAGUGGGGAAGUGAUUUCCCGGUCAUUGGUAGGAUCGAUGAUCUCGAGGGAAAACUUUGGGUAUGGUGACGCUCAUAUGGAUAGGCAUAUGGCACCUAGACAGAUGGCAGCAGCAACCACUGGUCCUGCAGAUUGGCGUGAAGCUCUAGAUAUUGUUGCAUUGGGGUUGCCUGAGCAGUCCGUUGAAGGCAUGAAAGUCAUCUGCCAUGAACUAACCCAGGCGGCGGAUCCGGAAAGCAUGGUGCUUGAAGAGCUCAUCAAGGAAGCUGACAGAUUAGUUUCAUGCUUGUCUGUUAUGGUUCCCAAAACCUUCAAUUUCAGCUUAUCUGGAGCUUCUUCAAGGUCUUGCAAAUAUGUUUUAAAUACGCUCAUGCAGACUUUCCAGAUCAAACGUCUUGCUCAUGCUGUGAAGGAGGGUACCCUAGAUAACCUUAUCACAGAGCUACUACUUUGGCUUUUAGAUGAAAGGGUUCCUCUUAUGGAUGAUGGCAGUCAACUACUCAAAGCACUAAAUGUCUUAAUGCUUAAAAUCCUGGAUAAUGCUGAGAGAACAUCCUCAUUUGUUGUGCUAAUUAAUUUAUUGAGGCCUUUAGACCCUUCAAGAUGGCCAUCACCUACACCAUCGGAGUCUCUUUCUGUAAAAAAUCAGAAGUUUUCAGACUUAGUUGUCAAAUGUUUAAUUAAGUUGACAAAGGUACUUCAGAGUACAAUUUAUGAAGUUGACCUUGAUCGCAUUCUUCAGAGCAUUCAUAUUUAUUUACAAGAACUGGGAAUGGAAGAGAUACGGAGAAGGGCUGGUGCUGAUGAUAAGCCACUAAGAAUGGUCAAAACUGUGUUGCAUGAACUUGUCAAGCUUCGAGGGACUGCAAUAAAAGGUCACCUUUCAAUGGUUCCUAUAGAUGCUGAACCUCAGCCGAUAAUUCUAGCCUAUAUUGAUCUUAAUCUUCAGACCCUUGCAGCAGCUAGAAUGUUGACGCCAUCUGGACCAGCCCACUGGGGUGAUGCUGCUUCUAACAGUCCAAAUCCAUCUACUCACUCAGCUGACGCACAAUUAAAGCAAGAGCUUGCUGCUGUGUUCAAGAAAAUCGGUGACAAGCAAACAUGUACAAUUGGUCUUUAUGAACUGUACCGAAUAACCCAGCUGUACCCAAAGGUUGAUAUAUUUGCUCAGCUUCAGAAUGCAAGUGAAGCAUUUAGAACCUAUAUCAGAGAUGGACUAGCUCAGGUGGAGAAAAAUGCGGCAGCUGGAAGAACACCCACUAGUCUUCCAUUAUCCACACCACCUCCAAUAGCAUCAAUACCCUCUCCAAAAUUUGCGCCUUCUCCUGUCCACACAAAAUCAAUAAGUAGCAAAACAGAUUCUAAUGAAGAUGACGCCAUUGGUGAGACACAGCCCUUCAGAAUCCAAGGAGACUCAGAUACUAGGUUACAUUCUACCGACCAACAGAGUGAUAGAUACCAAACCUCAGGUACAUUGGAUGCCCUUAGGGAAAGAAUGAAAAGCAUUCAAGCUGCAGCUGUAGGUCAUUUCGAUGGAGCUCAGGCUCGGCCACAGGCCAGCAUGAAUGGUAAUAUUCUCCAUGGGGGUUCACGAUUGGAUGGUGAACCCCAACAACAAAGUAACAUUCAGCCCAUGGAUGAGAGAGCCUUGUCUGGGCUGCAAGCACGAAUGGAGAGGCUAAAGAGUGGGUCUAUGGAACCACUGUAAAUACAAUAACAAUACUAUGAGAAAUACCAACCAUUGUAAUUCAUUGUAAAUUUGAGGCGUAGUCAUGUUGUUUGUAGAUAUGUUAGAUGCGCUACAUGACACCGGGCUGACAUUUCGUAAGCCCCGUGCCGGGUCAACCUAUUCUUGCUGGGUUUUUUUGGGUGCAGUUUUAGAUUGGACUAGCCAGAAUGCCAGAUGUUUGCUCGUAGUUUUGGUCCUUGAAGGCCUGAUUAUUAUUGCCACAUUUUGCCAUGCAAUGUUGAGUUUUCCUGUGGUGUACAGCAAUAUAAUUGAUCAUUUUAAAUUGGCUGCAAAAUGUUAUUCGUGAAAUAUAAAUUGUUUUCAUGAGUGCUAUUUGAGAUUUGGUGUCAA